AAUCUAUUGCCUUUUUCGGGUGAUUUGGCGGGGCCCGAAUUCAUUUCUUCCUCCUCGGCGGCCAUUUCCGCACACAUGCACGGCGUGCCAUCUUGACAAAAGCCGCAAUGGUCUAUGAUUCUAGAGGGAGACACCGACGGUUCUGUGGCUCGAAUAGUACGGUCGCGGUUGCCAGAGAACAGGGCGGUGAAAUCGGUUUCCAACUCCUCCGGUUCUGUUUUGAUAUUAGUAUCUAGUCUGUGGCGUUUUGAUGAAUUUGUCUGGUGCGGAGAGUGUGCUCUUUUUGGGGUGCUCUCGUCUUGCUGGUCAGGAGCAGCGUUGGAAAGCCCGAAAGCAUCCUCGAUGCAUUGGCAUCGUGUUGAGGAGCAGUUCUCACAGGUAGCGGCCAUCCCUCCCACUUCGGAUACUUGUUCUGCAAGCUGAACCCUUUGCAUCAACUCUUCCUUGGCCUUUUUCUCCGCUGCAAGUUCGCCAACCCUUGCUGCCCUUCUCUCGCGAAACGCUCUCUGAGCAGCGCGAUUUUGAGCCUUCCGUUUUGUUGGUGGGGUGUCUGUAGCUGGCUUGCGUCCAGGUUUAGGUCGAGGGGGAAUAACCCAUUCUUUUGACGUGAUAGUUGUGGGCUUGAGGGGUACCGGCGUAGGCGUACCAGCAGCAGCCAGCGGCUUCACGGAAAGCGACGGUUGGCGGGACGGCACGGCUGGUGCGAGAGGAGCAGGGGAGUUCGUCGAACUUGACGAAGGAGUCGAAGCAGCGGACAUAGCCGACAUGAUAGUCUCUUGGUAUGUCCUACUUGUAUGGUGGGAUAGUAGUCGCGGAAUUUGGUCUUGCUGCGUGUCUACUAGAUAUAUCCCCUCUUAACCGAUUUGCAGUGCCGAAGUCAUCGACCAAGACGCACCAGGUCAUCGCAAGGGAACAAGAUUCAAUUAAGUUUGAACUAUGCGUUGAACAAUAAGCUGUUGUUAUUCAAACAGUGACUCGGCGAUGAAUGGCUGUGAGGAAGUUUUCGUCCUGGCCAACCAUGAGGGCAGAAUUGAAGCAGGAAGAAUAAGCCGCGGGGGAUUCGGAAGAUCAGAUUAGAUUAUCGUGCGACAUGUUGCUCACGUGGUUUCUUGCCGACGUCCGAUGUCUUGGCAUUGUUUCCGUUAUCUGAUCGCCAAGCUCGGGUUAUCUGAUGGAAAAGGUCGGCCGUCUUUCCGUUUUCGGCCUAACCCACCACGUUCUACAACGAAACAUAUAAAUUUGUUCGUCGUGCUAAUAUUGGCUGCAAAUAACUGAACAACCUCGGAGGAGAUCUUAUUCUGUUGCCUAAGACCCCAUUUUUUACGACAAGGGCGGACUUCGUCGCAAAUUCUUGGGGCUCACGGAGAGGAGAGCAUAUACCGACUAGGGAGUAGCUAGCUCACGCCUUACAUAAACCGGCUUCUGCGUCUCUACCGCUAUUUGGAAGCACUAAAGGUUCCCACUCUUCUGCAGCGCAAGUGUAAAUAAUACGACCUGCACCAUGAGUCAGGGCUUGAGAAGGAUCUUAUAUAAGAUGAAGACCCUUCCCAUGCCUCCUCAAGCAACGCAUUCGUACCUCUAACUCACCCCCAGAACCCCCGACUCCAAAGUCGAAUCGAAGUAGCCAACCAUGCCACCAAGCCCUGUUGUUGCCAGCCAGAAGGUUCUUGACCUUCUUCAAAAGCUCCAUGCAGCCUCUCUCGCCCAAGAGCAUGCCCUAUCCACCGUCUUCUGGUUUAUGACUAGAAAAUUGCGUGCCUUGUUCACUAAACAAAGUUGGUCGUCGCUUGAUGAUACUUUCGUCAAGGAUAAAUUCAUCGCCCUUGAGGCCGACAAAAGCGAAUUUCUCUAUCUCCUAGCACGGGCUUCCGGUGCCACUACGAUAGUCGAGGCAGGUACAAGUUUUGGUGUCUCCACGAUCUACUUGGCUCUGGCUGCUGGGCAAAAUGCCGCUGCCCUCUCCCCAUCUCCUCCAACACCUGGGCAGGGAGCUAAGGUGAUUGCCACGGAGAAAGAACCGGAGAAAGCCCAAAGGGCUCGGGAUCACUGGAAGGAAGCGGGCCCUGAAGUUGAGCCAUGGAUAACUCUGUUGGAAGGAGACCUGAACGAUACUCUCCCGGCGGAGUUGAAAAAUGUCGAAAAGGUUGACCUUCUCCUUCUUGAUAUCUGGACACCGUUGGCACUCCCAGCCUUGAAAAUUGUCCAGCCGAAACUUCGACAUGGUGCACUCAUUAUUGCAGAUAAUACGGCCAGUUUCCGCUCUGCCUAUGAGGACUUUUUUGCUUACGUACAUGAUCCGAAGAAUGGAUUCAGAACGAUGACGACCCCAUUCAAAGGAGGACUCGAAGUGAUUGUAUACCUUCCAACUUCGUGAAUACGCAGUCUCUGAAUUUUUCUCUCCUAUUUUGUUGUUUUGUCAUUAUAUCCAUCCUCCUGGCCUAUUCAACAUCUCCCAGCCAAGCCAUUUGUCAAGAACAGUUAAUACGAAUUUUUAUAUUAUCAACAGCAAUAAUAAUGUAACAUGCACAUAUUUUACAUAUGGCUUGGAAUGCUAAGCUCAACCUACCCCCUUCUUCCAAACGUAUGUCUUAUAUUGUGACAUCCCUCUCAUCCAUUUACUCGUAUUCAGCCAACGCUGGUGAACCCGGGAAUUGCUCGUUUGAAAACUUCGUCUGCACGAACACUUUUUGAAUCCCUCUUUUCCUCUCGUCAUACAUACGAUAGACGAGAUCUAGAUCUUCCAGCUUGACACGAGUCGAAAUCAUUCGCAACGGAUCAAGGGUUCCACUUUCAAUGAGAGAGAGAAUGUGCUCCCAGUAUUUCUGUACCGGCGCUUGGCCGUUACCGAUCAAUCGGACACCGCGCUGCAUAAGGGAUCCGAUGUUGAAAUGGUUGGUCUAUCACAGUCAGCAGUUAGUAUUCGAGCAUUCCUAUUCAACGCUUGUUCCAUCCCGUACAUCCAUAAGCUAGAGCCCAGGAACAAUCGACUUACGUAGCCCACAUAAACACCCGUAAUCCCACACCUCCCGAAAUUCCUCACAGACGUAACCAUCUCAUUCAAAAUCUCCGACGUAUCCGUCUCCGCCCCCAGCAUAAUCUCAAUAUAAUGCGCCCAGCCCUUCGCAUACUCCCCAGCCGCACACUCCAACGCCGCGUCGGGGCCUUGCCCAUCCCCCACCAUCUGUUUCAACACAGAGGUCACCGACUCCCCACUCUGUAAAGUAGAAUAAUCCACCGUCUCAACCCGGGGCAGCUUUUCCUUGACAAAGUCUAAACGCCAAGCACCCGCUCCGCCAUCAAUAAGAAUCACUCUGGAUGCGCCGUGCAUGAAGCUGAACUCAGCGCACAUCUGUCCGAUGGGGCCGGCGCCCCAUAUCGCCACGACGUCUUCCUCCCGCACGCCCGUGUCGACCACACAGUGCCAAGCUGUACUAAGCACGUCCGAGAGAUAGAGACCCUUCUCAUCAGGAACGUUGGCAGGGAGCGGGAGGAGGUUGGUUUCCGCGUAGGGUACACGGACGUAUUCAGCUUGACCACCGGAAAAGCCGCCGGUGAGGUGGGAAUAUCCGAAUAUUCCUAUUACUUGACUAUUAGCGAUUGACAUUUACUACCACCCCCCCCCCACACCCCACACCGGCCCGGGCUGGCAGGCUGAAUGCAGCACCAGUAGUACUGACCGGCCGUGCGCGAUCCAUAAAGCGAAUUUUCCAACUGGCUAGCGUUCGUGCGCUCGCAUUGCGAGGAGAGUUUCCGUUUGCAGUAUCUACAGUCACCACAGGCGAUUUGGAAGGAUGCGACGACCCGAUCUCCCGUUUUCAAUUUCUUGACGCUAGCGCCGACGGAUUCUAUUUCGCCGCAGAAUUCAUGGCCCAGGAUGUCUCCCUUUUGCAUUUCAAGGACCGACCCUAGGAGACAGGUAUGUUAGCAUAAAUUGUACCAUGUAGGAGACUAGCCCUGGUAGCUACUGCUAUGUAUGCGUACCAUGAUAGAGAUGCAAAUCACUCCCGCAAAUCGUUGAUCCAGUAACCUUUAAAAUGACGUCUGUAUCCUCAAGGAUUCUGGGCUUAGGCACGUCCGCUAUGAUUCUCACAAAACCAUAUCAGUAAACCUGAAAUAAUUCGUCUCUCCCCUUGAGGAGGCCGGAGGUCUAUCCUUUCGCUGCAUAUUUUGUACACUUUCAACCUACAUACCAAUCGUCACAUCGUUCUUCCCCAGCCAUAUCAAGGCCUUCAUCGUCUCACCACUGGGAUCCGCGAACUUCUGCCUAUCUCGUGCCGGAUUGCUCACAUCCUGUGUAAUACUGGCUUCUUCUUUCCUGCCCGUUUCCGAAACAUUUGCAGCCUGCGAAGUAGCCAUCCUAAUAAAUAUCCAAGUUUGAGAUGGUAAUAUUCAAAUAAUCGCAAUAGAAGCAGCUACUGAAGGCGAAUUCAUGACUAGGAGCAGCAGGGCGCCACGCCCCGGCUAUAUAUAAGAGCAGCCUUUCGCAGUGGCUUCGAAGAGGGGGGUAUACAUUGGACGGUAAACUCAAGUCCUGUGACAUCACAGUGAGGUCGUUCUUUAUGGAAUUUGACACUGCAAGCUUGUAUGUUUUCAGUUGUCUCGAGUAAGCCUACGUUUCUAGAAACGGCAAAAAUUCUACCCAGGAUGUGUUGCUUGCUCUGCCCGGAGAACUCAACUCACACCGCUGCUGAGGGAGAGAUUUUUCCACAAAAACUAAU